AUGGCGGACGGGGCGCGCUCGCUGCGCGGCGGCGGCGGCGGCGGAGGCAGCCCGGCCUCCAGCCCGGUGCUGGGCGGGCGGGGCCGCGCCGCGGCGGGGGGCGGCAGCCCGCCGGGCCACGCGUUCCGCAGGGUGACCCUGACCAAGCCCACCUUCUGCCACUACUGCACCGACUUCAUCUGGGGGCUGGCCGGCUACCAGUGCGAGGUUUGCAACUUCAUGUCUCAUGAAAAGUGCCUCAAGAACGUCAAGAUACCAUGCUCAUGUAUUGCUCCCAGCCUUGUAAGGGUUCCAGUUGCACACUGUUUUGGGCCUCCAGGACAUUACAAAAGAAAGUUUUGCACUGUGUGCAGGAAGUCACUGGAGUCACCUGCCUUUCGAUGUGAAGUUUGUGAGCUACAUGUGCACACAGACUGUAUCCUGUUUGCUUGCAGUGACUGCCGGCAGUGUCACCAGGAUGGGCACCUGGACCACGAUACUUACCACCACCACUGGAGGGAGGGAAACCUUUCUUCAAGUGCUCGUUGUGAAGUUUGCAAAAAAACCUGCGGGUCUUCUGAGGUGCUCUCCGGCAUGAGAUGUGAAUGGUGUGGCAUCCUGGCUCAUGCUGCUUGCUACGUAAUUGUCACACCAGAAUGUACCUUUGGAAGAUUAAGGAAUAUGAUUCUUCCUCCAAGUUGUGUGCAAUUAUUUUCUCGCAACUUCAGCAAAUUGCAUUGUUUUCGAAUAUCGGAGAAUUUGCAAACAGAAUCAGAUGAAGAUGAUGAUGUUGAUGGUUCAACGCAGGGAUCAGCAAAAGAUGUCCAAAUUUCAACAGACUCAAGUAAACAAACAUUAAAGAUAUUUGACGGGAAUGAUGCAGUGAAACGCAAUCAAUUUCGACUGAUUUCAGUUCCAAGGAUUGCAAAAAAUGAAGAAGUUGUGGAGGCUGCUUUGAGGGCGUACUAUAUAAAUGAUGACCAGCAGGAGUACGAGUUGCAGACCUUCACGCAGCAGGUGCUGCUCUCUGAUGAUGUUAUCAACAGGAACGAUGCUGCAGAGGACAGCAACUUGGGCUCAGUAUUCCGAGAAUCCAUUCCUGAAGCUUGGAUCAUCAGAGCCAAACCAAAGGACGAGGAAGUGAUCAGAAUUUAUCCUGCCUGGCUAAAGGUGGGAAUGGCAUACGUAUCUCUACGAGUAAAUAAGGAUAGCACUGCGCAGACUGUGAUCAAAGAAGUGCUUCCCUUACUUGGAAGGCAGACGGAGUGCCUCCAGAAUUUCAAGUUGGUAGAGGUGCUUAUGGGCAGUAAGCAAGUUCAACGCAUGGUUUUGGACAAUCAGGAACUGAUUCUUAACAGAUUCAAGGACAUAAGAAAGACUUCAAUACGUCAGAUGAAUCAAACAAGAUUUUACAUUGUGGAAAACAGUAAAUCCGUUGCACAAGUAAAUUUAUUUGUUGGUGGCCUUCCACCUCAGCUUUCUCCUGAAGAAUACACAAAUAUUCUCAAGGAAGAAUUAGCUAUCAAAACAAAUGUAGUAUCUGUGAGUCAUGUUUAUCAAGCACAAGGUGCUGUUGUACUCCAAAUUUCAUGUUUUUCUGAAGCUGAAAGAAUAUAUAUGCUAGUUAAAGAUACUGUUAUCAAUGACAAGCCUCUGAAUGCUGUGGUGAUUCCUGAAGUUAUGGCUUCCAAGAUACCACAGAAUUGCUGCCCACUUCUUGUAUUUGUGAAUCCAAAAAGUGGUGGGCUAAAAGGUCGGGAUCUGCUGUACAGUUUUAGAAAGCUGCUAAACCCACACCAGGUCUUUGAACUUACCAAUGGGGGCCCACUUCCUGGGUUUCACACGUUCUCCAAAGUCCCCUCCUUCCGAGUGCUGGUGUGCGGAGGGGACGGCACUGUCGGCUGGGUCCUUGGUGCACUCGAGGAAAUCAGGCACAAGCUGGUGUGCUCAGAACCCUCAGUUGCCAUCUUACCUUUAGGAACAGGUAAUGACUUGGGGAGGGUCUUGCGAUGGGGAGCUGGCUACAGUGGGGAGGACCCAUACUCCAUUUUGGUUUCCGUGGAUGAGGCAGAUGAUGUCCUUAUGGACCGUUGGACUAUCCUUUUGGAUGCAGAAGAGCCAGUUGAAGGUGCAGAGAAUGGUAUUGCAGAACCUGAGCCUCCAAAGAUUGUACAGAUGAACAAUUACUGUGGUCUUGGCAUUGAUGCAGAGUUGAGCUUGGACUUUCAUCAUGCUAGAGAAGAAGAACCAGGGAAAUUUAAUAGCAGGUUUCACAACAAAGGAGUUUACGUGAAAGUUGGGCUGCAGAAGAUUAGUCAUACCAGAAACCUUCACAAGGACAUAAAGCUGCAAGUGGACCAGCAUGAGGUGGAGUUACCAAGUAUAGAAGGACUCAUUUUUAUUAAUAUACCCAGCUGGGGCUCGGGAGCCGAUCUCUGGGGCUCUGACAGCGACAACCGCUUCGAGAAGCCGCGCAUCGACGACGGCCUGCUGGAAGUUGUUGGUGUGACUGGCGUCGUUCACAUGGGUCAAGUCCAAGGUGGUUUUCGAUCAGGAAUCCGCAUAGCCCAAGGCUCGUAUUUUCGUGUAACACUCCUAAAGCCAAUUCCAGUUCAAGUUGAUGGAGAGCCCUGGAUUCAGGCCCCUGGCCAGAUUAUAAUUUCUGCUGCAGGACCAAAGGUCCACAUGUUGAAAAAAUCCAAGCAGAAACAGAAAAAAACUGGAAGCCUGAGAGAGAUGAAGGUGGAUAGCAUGUCAGUCUCUGAAGGAGGACGCUAAGUGAAGACCUGUGUUCGGAAGUGAUGCAGCACACCUACUGUAGAUACCAAGCUGGUUCAGUAAAACCACGUACGGACAACUCCUGAAGAGUGUUGCCUAAGAGCGUGCCUUUCGUUACAUUUUGACAGUACUGGGUUCUACUUUGUCUUUCGAAGAUAGUGCCUCAUUGUCACAGAUAACUAUCAUGUAACACUUUUCUCAUCUGAAAUGUUUACUUUGGGUUGCUUUUCCAUAAGCCAUUUCCAUUUUCCAGCCAAACAGAGAUUCCAAGAUGCUGAGAUUUCUGUAUCUGCCUUCACAAAGACUCUUCCUCUCCUCCUAGCUCCUUCUUAAAGAAAGUCAUUCCAUAGAUAAAUUUUGGUGAGUUGUUCCAUAGUUGAAAAAGUGUUCCUUUGAAAUAAUGUUCACAAUAGCAUCGUAACCAAAAGAAGGCAAAGACACAAGCUGCUGAGAACUUGGACCCAUCCAAAUAGCACAGCUGAAACAGUACUACUGUAAAGAGGAAAACACAAAACACAGGAGAGAUUAUUUCUAUAAAAGGAGCCCAGUGCACUGGAAAGAGAGAAAGUACUAGAACAGUUGAGUCAAAAUAUUUCACAGAGUUUACUUCAGCAGUACUUGGGCAAUAUGAAUGGUGGGGAAACAGCCUGUAGAGCAAUUUUUCAACUGCAGCUUAGUUUCUCAUUAUUCAGCCAAAGCCUCUUUUAGAAGGCAUUUGAAUUUCAGUAGCCACAAUGCUCAUAAAAAAAAAGAAACAAGAAUACCCAAGGCAGUAUUAUGGUAUACCAAUUUUUUUCUAUCACUGAAAUCAUUAUCUCUGACACCAGACCUUUCUUCUUGUCUUUAAUUGUGCUGUUUCUUUUUCAUGAAUUUGUCACAGUUGGACUAUUAUAUAACAGCAAACUCAAAGACUAAAAGAAUCAUCACUAAUUAGUGUAAAAGAAGUACCACUUAGUGUUAAGUGAAUUAGCACAGUCAUCUGUUAGAGCUGAAGUACAGCAUAGCUUUGCUGAGGAGCCUUAGGCAGUGUUGAAGCUUGUAGCGUGCAUGUAUCAUGCUGUAGGCUUCAAAUAACUGGGAAUGCAAGAGCCAUCGUGAAAAUUCACUUACCUGGUCAGGCUUCUCAAAUCCUUGGUGGGUGUUGUUAUCACGUGUGGGCCCAGGGACACAGUGACUGUCUCCUUUUCACUUGCACGAGUGUGGGCUCUUCAGAGGCCCUGUAUUUAUUCCUCUGCUGAAGGGAUCCAGUACUCCUUUCACAGCUUCAUGCUACAGAGUGGUGCUGGAGCAGAUGUGCUAGUCCUGCCAAGCACUCCAUAUAUCUGCUAUCCAUGGCUUGUGGUCCUGCUGUUCUUCACUCACAUCUCUGGUAGACUCAUCUCACCGUGGUUCUCCAGGGACUGAACCUUUCACUUCGGGUCAGCGUCAUACUCAAGGGGCCCUGCAAGCCACUUGUGGGCAGGGGGUGGGGCCUGCAUUAGUUUGCCCCUUGGAUGCAUCUGCUGCUUGGAGCUACUUAAACCAUGUUGCCUAGAGCCCACUCAGCCAGACAGUGGGCUUACUUGUCCUCUGUUGCACAGUAAUAACUAAUUCAGCUAUGGGUGGCAUGAAUUCAUCACUCAAGUGUCAGCUUUAGGAGCAUUCCUCUUGCCAGUGUGUCUAGAAAAACGUCUCCAGCUGCUUCAGGGGACUUAAGUGUAACUUUGAAAUAUGCAAAAGCCAGUUUUGUGAUGGAGCCAGUUACGUGCUGAGGCAAUUCUUGCUGGGUCUUGUUGAUGAGUCUCUACUCUAAGCACUUGGCCAACUUUAGCAACAUCUGAUCGUUACCUGUGCUUUCUACUUUCCAGUCAUGGUGCAGACAGGGGUGUGAAUGUGGGUGCUACAAGAGAGUCAUCUACAGCAGCAGAAUGAUGAUACAGCUAAAGCUACAAAGAGAGACAAAACAGCCAUGGAAGAAUGGCAGGUGCCCACAGUCUCUCCUUCCUAUCUAGUGAUUCUCUCUGUUCUUAUGUUCUGGUAGAGAUGCAGUUGGAGGACUGACUCCUGUUUUCAGUGAAACCUUCUCUUAAUUGUUUAAAUUCUUAAUUUCAGGGAUGUUCUUCAGGUACCCCAGUGUGGACUACAGUUUAACUUUUAUUCAACAUGCAUACUGGAUUCAUGCUGUGAAGGAGAUAGUUUGGAUAGUACAGAGCUAAAAUCCUUGUCUUCCUGCUCAUUAAACACAGGGUUGUCUGCUUCAGACCCUGGGCAUGAAGGAUCAGAUGGAGCUCUUCUGGCAUCCUGGUACCAGCAAUACAAGUAGGAAGAAUUAAGUGUUGUAUUUGAGGGUAUGCACUCUCUGGAUGAAUCUCACAAAUUAGAGAGGAUAUCUGAAAUAGAUUGCUGCUUUGUAAUUGUCCAGAAAGACAGAGAAACUGCUUUGUAUCCAUGUGGCAGCAGAAAGAAUACAUGGUCUUACUUUCCAGUUGCUGACUCAGUAGUAGAGAAGAAAACUUGACUCUUUGUUACAAAAAACUUGCAUAAAUUUUAAGAUUGCCAAUGCUGACUGUCUUCUGCAGCCCAAGUAAAUAAACCUGUCUUACUAUUUUCCAGACAUAUAUAACCCUUCAGCAUGUAGCUGACAGUGUUUCAAGUUCUUGGCUUGUUAAGGACCUGGCUUUCUCUCCCUUUUGCUCAGUAUCUGUUUUCUGAAAUAACACGAAACUCACAGGUCUCAGUACUUUAAUCAGAGGUCCCCUUACUAUAUCCUUCCCAGGAGAUUUUCCAUCCCUGGAACUCUGCACAAGCCUGUCUCAGGGUAGCAUCGUGGUAGCAAUGUGACACUGAAAUAUGAAUGUAUUCUUUUUGCAACUUCCAGAGGAGAUCCUGGUGGAGGACAAGAAGGCUCUGAGUUUUGCUUUUCUUUCCCUUUCUUUUUUUUUUCCAGAAAGCAACUGCCAUCUUGUUUGAGUAGAUGAGUGCCACCCUGGAAUGAAAACUUACCUUAAGAAAAACUCACUUGGCAUCUCAGAUCUCUGUGCAUUGUAAAAAGAUGCUUAAUGUGUUUUGAUGACAAAACGGAUUCCUGGGCAGUCGAGAUAGGAAACCUCCUGUAAAGCUUUUUAAAAGAGAAACUCAGUCUUUAGCCCCUCUAUUAAGAUGUUUCAGUUUCAGGUUCUGUAAAGGCCAGUGUAUCAAGAAUAUUUUUGUUCUUUUUUUUCUUUUAUUAUUUUUCACAUUUUCAUCACACACAGUGUCUGAGAAGGCCUAGUAUUUUCUUCCAUAGUAUGUAAGACUUGAUUGAAAGGAGGAGAUAACUCUUUGCAGUUAAUACAAAACAUUUAGGCUUGGUCUUUACAUUGAACAAAACAAUGCAGUAUAAUUUUCAUGACGGUGUGAAGAUAGAUGAUUCUCCAUACUGACUGAGUAACAUUGUAUGAGAACCCUGUGGCCAAGUACUUUGAAUAUUGCAGUAGCAAUGGUGGUGGGGAAGAGGCUCAGUUUUGUUAAGAUAGGUGUUAAUGAACACGAGGGACACAGGAUCAGGAGCCAUAACUGUAGACAGGCUCACUGCUGUCCUGAGUACACACUCCUUCAUCCUCUCUCCACUGUCCUUGCCUAUAAAUCAUGGCAGGCACAGGUAGCACAACUGGCAUCCCUCCUGCUGAGGAACACUCUCCUGACCUUUUACUAGUGUCUUACUUAAGCUUUGCCAGCACUGGGGAGAGAAGGGUUCUGAAAAUCAUGGUUCCUUUGAAAUAGCCCAAUAUUGCAGAUGAGAGAAGGUGAUCAGUUGGUUAAAAUCUGUUUUGAUGGGUAAACACACCUCUGCCUUGAACUGGGAGAACUGAAAUUCAAAAGCUCAUCCCUGAGAUACAGGUGCUACUUAGAAAAUUUGCUGCUCUUUUCCCCUGGCUUUUUCCCUUGAUUUGUAUAAUUUAAAUUGCUGGUGUUUUCACUGCAUUGAUUUUUAAAUGAAACUGUUGUUUUGCCAAAAGCUAUUUGUGUAUGUGUAUAUAUGUGCGUGUACAUACAUGCGUAUACAUACAUGUGCACACACCCUUUGAGAACACGCCUUAUUGUAUUUCCUUCCACAGUGCCUAAUUGUACAGCUUUUGCUCUGUUACAACAUUCUGAUAGCACUCGCUUCUGGAUCUUUCUCUCACCAGUUUUGGACAGGAGGCAGGACUUGGCGCUUUCCAACAAGACAUGAUGGGAAUAUAGUGAAAAACACAACUGUCUUUAGAGUACAGCCUCUGUGUUUUUACAGUUUGAGCUCCUCUUGCUCUUUCUAGAUUUUAAUCAAGUCUUUGUGUGUCUAAAAUUAGUGGCAAUGGCUAUUGUAGCAUUUUAAAAUAUAGAAAAAGCCGAGCAUAGUCCACUGCAAGACUUAACUAAGAAACAAAACUAACUGAACUGUUCUAGAUAAUUGUUUGUUAAUCUUUACAGUUACCCUCUUACAAGUAUUGUAACAGAUUUCAUUUCUUUAAAGAGCAGGUAAUGUACUUGUUUUGAAUAUCAGCUGUUUCGAAUUGCUAAAUAUUUAUGUGUGCAUGUGACUUGACAGACUCUUGACAUAAACGUGUCAUUAUCCAAUGAAGCCUCAUUUUGUGGGAGGAGAAGGCAAGUGGAGCUGUUGUGACACUUAAAAGGGCUUAUGUUGAAGGCAUGACAGAUUUAGCUGCGUAUGUACUUAAUAAUGUGCUGAGCAGGUAUGCUCUGUGCUGCAUAGCCUCUGGUCCAUAUUCCAGCUCCUCCUACUGGGGGUGCAUUGGAUUUGUGCCCUUGAGAGACCUGGCAGUAGAUACUCUUUCAUUCUGCACCACACACCUCUUCCUCACAACCUUCAGUGUAACUGUACAUCUUCCUCUUCUGCUAGGCUGCCCUCCUGCCCUUCAGGCCUAGCUCUGUGCAGAAUAAAGGCAUGAGCAUUUGAUGGUAAAUGUGUGUGGAGAGUGAGGGAAUAGAGUUCCUGCUCUGAAACACUGCUCUGGUUAAUGGGCUUAGACUGUUCUUUAAUUUCUGCUUCAGCUUCUGCUUUAGCCAUUUAACAGCUGUGCAGUAAAGGCUCAGCAACUACUGAACUACCUGGGAUUCAUGGUGAUUACGUUGCCUCAUUUUCAGGCUUUGAUCUUAUAUGCACAGAGCACAUAUAACUUCAUUACACUUUUUGCACUUACUAGAAACUACACGUUAGAUAGGCUUAGGAUAGACAAAAUCACGUUUGUACUUUUUGUAUAAAUAUGGGGAUGAUUCUACAGAUACAAAGAUGCACUUUCAGGUAGCAAUGAAAACAAGUUUGUAGAAUGCAAUUGUUUAGGAGUUUCUCUGACUGCAGUGUUCCUGAUCCCUGUCCAUAUCUAACACUGUGUUCUUCUUGAAAGCCUGCUGGGGAAUGAGAGAUGGCUUCUUCCUCCCGUCGCAGUAUGUAUUUACAGCUGACUUUUGAGCAAAUUGGCUGCUAUUCUAAGUUUUAGGUUUUAAGUAACGUUCAAGUUUAAUUUAUAGUGUCAGUAUUUACUGAUUUGACACUUAAUUGCAGGAGAGGUCCACUUCAAAGCCUUCAUUCCUUUUGCUAUUUAAUGUUUUUGGGGAUUUUUUUUUUUAACAAUGUAGCGAUUGUAUGUGUGGAGUGCCGUGGAAUGAAUGCAAAUUACUCAUCUUAACCUGCAGUUAGAGCAGCAGUUUCAAUGUUUACAGGACAGUGACUAUUGAUUGUAAAUGCAUAGGUGUUCACUGAAAGAGUGCACUCUAUGUGUUUUGGAAGCAUUGUUUCUGCUUACCAUGAUAAUUAAUGGAAUAGUUGCCUUCUGGUUUUAGAUUCCUGGUUAUGUUGCUUUGGAGAGAUUUAAGUGUAGAUUAUUACUUUUCUGCCAUGGACUCACAGGACAAUUUCUACUGAUAAUGUUGUACUGAACAUGUUUUCUGAAAAAGUGACUUUUUUUUUGGUGGAGAUAAUUUAUGAGAAUGUUUUAUAAGCAGAACAGUGUUCUUGUAAAAAUCGGUCUGAAGUCUUGAAAUAAAUGUGUGUAGAUAUUGAAGAUGUAUCCCAAAGCAAAGUAAUUUUUAAUAGGGCACUGUUAGUGGUGUAGUUACCCCUCAGAGCUCUCCUAGCAGCACACCCAUUUAGCGUGUCACUGUGCACUGCUCAAGUGUGUUAUUUAGGGGAUGACUUGUUUUCAGAAGAUGUGGCUUCAUUUAUAGUGUGUGUAUCACCUGUUACACCUGUGGCAGCAACUCCUAAUGUAAACAUCAGCUGUACAGGUCAGAACUCCUCUCCAGAUGGAUCAGGUUGAAGAGCAGAGAGCCUGUCCUUGUGCUUGACUGCAGGAAGGUUACACGUCUGGUGACUGGCAGUUACAGUCCUCUCUCUCCCUGUCACACAGUGUUCCACAUGAGCCCUUUUGCUUUCUGAAGGCAGGCAGGCACAAAUCAGGAGUGCCUGAGUCAAAGUGCUAGCAGCUUGGCUCACCACGGCACCCAUUUCCUAGUGCUGCUGGUCUUGCCAAAUUGGGUAGCAAGAGGUGCUUGAAGAAUUAUUGAGUAUUUAUUGUGUAAUUUUAGGUGCGUAUAAAGCCUUCACUGCUAUUUUAAAGCAAAAUUCGGGGAUCUGUAGCAUAGCAAUAGCUGUACAACUCCAGCAUUCCAAACAUGCCCAAAGCAAGUUACCCUUGUGAUAGUUUAAUUAGCAAUGGUGUAGCUAGUAGCAAUCAAUACCUUGAAGCUGCAAGUUCUGAUUAUUGGAAGAGAACAUCUCUGCUUUGAAUGCAAAGCAUCAGAGUUUGUAGUUUGCUAUAGACUUCAGUGUCCUUCCUACUUAUGAACAACCUAUGACAUCUUAUUUCUUCUCAAACUGUGGCUUAACUAUUGCUUAAAUAACUGUUUUUCACCUCUGGUUAUUUAAAUUAUCCAGAUUCAUCCAGUUGUAUGAAUGUUGUUUUAUUAUCAGGAUACUCCUAAGGCGUCUCAUAGUGUUUUUGUGAAUGUUCUAAUACAUCAAUAAUAAAUCAUCUUGGCCCAAUAAACUAAUGUAAGAUGACAAGUUAGUGUCUAGUGCUUAUUCUUUGUGCAUCUGCCUAAUUCUCAGAAAAACAAAGCGCCUAAGUAUAAGCAUUAAAGUGGUUGAAAACUGUUUCCACAUUGUGUGCCUCAAACCAGUAAUGCAUUAUCACACAUGUUUACUUGUGGAUUGGUCUUAGAAACUGGCUUUGAGUGACGUAACUUGUUUCUCAAUGCCUGCCUUGCAAAUGAGACAUGUCAUUAUAUUGUGGUAACUUGUCUACAAAUAACAUACCUGGUGUAAUAAUUGGUUUUUGAAAAAGUAAUUUAUAAAAGGUGGACUUUUCUCUUAUAUUUAAACAUCUGUUUGUCCUUGGGUUCUGUUCUUAGAAAAAUUCUGUAUAUAUUUUGCAAUAUGUGUUUUGUGUUUGACUGUACAUUUUGCACCAAUUUAAAAUUCUGUAUUCUAAAUAUUAUUUACAAGUUCCCAGAGAUCUGUAACUAGACUUUGUCUGUGAAAAAUACAACAUCUCUUCUGCCCUGCA